GUCUGGUUCACCGGUGGCACCGGUUGCUCAACCGGUGAAUUAAAAAAUACACCAACAGUAAGCUUUGAUUGUUGACAGGGUCGAACGGAAAUUUAGCAAAUGACAAAUGACAUUAGUUAACAAAAAAUUCAGACUUCAAAAUAUAUCCAUGCUUGUUCUCUUGUUCUUUUUAGCGUAAAAUGUCCAACAUUCGUAAAACAAUUGUAUCAAACUGUGAAAAAACGUUUCUGCUAAAAAAUCUAGCAGAAUUCAAUAGAUUAGAUGGAAGAGCAUUUGAUGAGUUUCGCAAAGUUGAAAUUGAAUUUGGCUCUGAUUGGGGAUGUUGUUUCGUUUCUUUAGGAAAGACAAAAGUUAUUGCACAGGUGUCCUGUGAGAUCCAGCAACCAAAAUCCUCAAGACCUGGGGAAGGAAUUUUGAACCUAAAUGUAGAAUUGAACCCAAUAGCUGCACCUCAUUUUGAAGCAGAUAGACAAUCCAAUGAACAAGUGCAACUAAACAGACUGUUGGAGAAAUGUUUGAAAGAUUCAAAAGCUAUAGAUCUAGAGUCACUGUGCAUAAAGAAUAAUGAAAAAGUGUGGGCUAUUAGAGUAGAUAUAAAUGUGCUAAACCAUGAAGGGAAUAUCUUAGACUGUGCUUCCAUUGCAGCCUUAGCAGCAUUAGCUCAUUUUAGGAGGCCAGAUGUCACUUGUGAUGGUGAAGAGUUUGUGAUACAUAGCAUCAAGCAGAAGGAUCCUAUACCUAUGGUGAUACAUCACUAUCCAGUUUGUAUCACAUAUUCAGUCUUUAAUAGUGGGUUGUAUAUCUUGGCUGAUCCAACACUUCUAGAAGAAAAUGUUGCAGAUGCUUUUCUGUCAAUAGGUUUAAAUGCUUAUAAAGAAUUAUGUGGUCUGCAUUUAGGAGGCAAGGCAGAUUUGAGUCCUGAGAUAAUCAUACAGACAGCAAACAAAGCUGCAGCUAGAGCAAGUUCAGUUGUACAGCAAAUCAAGGAUGCUAUUGAGCAAAAUAAUGAAAUAAGGAGAGAACAGAAAGAUGGGUUCUGUAGACUAGCAAAUAAAAGAGAUCCAGUGGAACUUGUAGAAGAAUUGAGUGUAUAUCUAGAUCAGUGGUCUACUAAAAAGAAAAAGAACAAGAGGAAAUCCAAAGAACCUAAAGACGAACAGAUAGAGCAAGAAGUAAAGGAACCAGAUAUAACUGCAGAUAUUAAACCUUUAGUUGCAGGUACAGCAGUGCUGGUGCCUAAAGAAAAUGAUGAUGGUGAUGCAAUAAAAGUUUGGGACACUAGUGAAAGUGAAGACGAUGCAGUGGAGUUUGUUGAACUGCCACACCCUAAAGGUUCCGCUACCUCAGGGAUCACCAUAGGUGGCUAGAAUAGAACAUCCUCGGAGACUUGUUCUUAAUUGUAAAGUCUUUUACUAUGGGAACUAUACUGAGUGACAAAAAAAGUUGAGACGGUGGAUAUCGCCGACACAGAUAGUGAAGAAGAAGCAGUAAUUGUAUUAAAUGCAGACCAGAAGACGAAGAAAAGGAAAAAACGAUUAACUUGAGAUUACUUUUAUUUUAUAUUUCGUGAUUUUUUAUUUAAAAAAAUGUUCAAUUACAAUCAAUAAACGUAAAAACAAUAUUUAA